UCGCAAGCAAAACAUGCGGGCUGUGGGGAUCUUGAACUUCAAGUAUCCUCAUUGAAAAACGGUUGGACUGUCCCGAUACCAGAAAAUCAAUUUACCGACGCUGCCACAUGCGACUAUGUGUUGACUGCCACAGAAGGGAAGACGAUAAAACUGGAGUUUACAGAGUUCAAAGUUGGAGAACAGUCGUCAGAUUGUCGGGACGAUUAUGUACAAGUUGGCAACAGCGCGGAGUUCGUCAAUGACAACUACAAGAAAUGCGGACCGUCUGUGAGUGAGCAGCCACCUGUCUCGAAAUCGAACAAAUUGUAUGUGAAACUUGUCGCGGGGCAAACGAAUGCUGCAAAGAUCAAAUUCGUAGCUACCGUGUCAGAGGUCGCGGCGGAAACUGGUCGAGAUGCGAAUUGUGGGGAUCCGGAAUUCGAUGUCUCCACGUUGAAGAACGGUUGGACUGUCCCGAUAACAAACAAACCAUUCACCGGUGCUGCCACAUGCGACUACGUGCUUACUGCUGCAGAAGGAAAACAGGUGAAACUCGAGUUUACAGAGUUCAAAGUUGGACCGGAGACGGAAACGUGUACUGAAGAUUAUGUACAAGUUGGUAAUAGUGCGGAUUUCGCCAAUGACAACUACAAGAAAUGCGGACCGUCUGUGAGUGAGCAGCCACCUGUCUCGAAAUCGAACAAAUUGUAUGUGAAACUUGUCGCGGGGCAAACGAAUGCUGCAAAGAUCAAAUUCGUUGCCUCUGUGACAGAAGUCACCACGGAAACUACUCGCGAUCCCGGUUGUGGGGAUUCCCAACUGGAAGUCUCCUCGUUAAAAAACGGUUGGACUGUCCCGAUACCAGAAAAUCAAUUUACCGACGCUGCCACAUGCGACUAUGUGUUGACUGCCACAGAAGGGAAGACGAUAAAACUGGAGUUUACAGAGUUCAAAGUCGGAGCACAGUCGUCAGAUUGUCGGGACGAUUAUGUACAAGUUGGCAACAGCGCGGAGUUCGUCAAUGACAACUACAAGAAAUGCGGACCGUCUGUGAGUGAGCAGCCACCUGUCUCGAAAUCGAACAAAUUGUAUGUGAAACUUGUCGCGGGGCAAACGAAUGCUGCAAAGAUCAAAUUCGUAGCUACCGUGACAGAAGUUUUGUUUGCCGAUAUUGUUUUAACUUCAUCUUUCCGCAAUCGACUUUUGCCUAUUCAGAUGCUGUUGAUCGUCGCUACAUAUGUGGUCUGA